AUGCCAGCAAGGUCAACGUCUUCGACUUCGACUUCAGAGAUGUCCCGGUUGCCGGAACAAAGACGGGACAUCCUGACAGCCUUGGGCUUGUCUGACUCUGAGGAUGAGCUGCCGAUUCAUGGUGCGCCAGACCUGUCCAAUGCCGAGCACAACCACAUCAGCACUCGACAGAUUGUCAGUAACGCAGCACCGCAGACGGGAGCUUCUGUCGCGUCCAGCGUAAGUGCUGCAGAGGAAGUUGCGAGCCAACGUUCACUUCAGCAGCUAAAUGCCCUUCUCCCCGAGCUUGACGGCACGGACGCGGACCUGACGCUUGUGACGCUUGGUCCUCACAGUGGCGCCGCCAGCCAUGUGAUGCCCCAGCUGCAGAAGCUGCGCGAUACAGCGUGGAAGAAGAGCCAGAGGUGGAGCGAAUUGAGGAUCCGGUGGACGAGAUCCAAGCUGGAAGAUUUCAGUCACAAGCGAAAAUAUGCACGGAGAGUGGUUCCAGCAGCGGUGAAGUGA